GCGCUCGUCAUCGCGCGCAUGGCCGUGGCGCCGCGUCCAGGCGGCAAGCGCACCGCGCUCGUCAUCGCGCGCACGGCUGUGGCGCCGCGUCCAGGCGGCAAGCGCACCGUGCCAUGCCUGCGGCGGCAAGCGCACCGUGCCAUGCCUGCGGUGGCGCUGCCACCGACAGCGCCACCAACACUCACGUACCGUGAGGAAACGCCGCCGCGUCGCGUGCGUGGCGCGGCUAUCACUAGCGGCCGGCGCUCGUCGGGUGAUGGUGUCGCGGGCCGGCGCUCCAGUGUCGAGUCGCAGCCUCGCGGGAAGCAUCCGGACGCGCAGUUGCAAGGCCCAAGGCGCAACCUCUCCCCAGACGUGGAGGCUGUCGUUCGGCGCGGUACUCUCGUGGCCCAGACCCCAGACGGUUCGUGCCUCUUCAAUUCCUUCGCGUACUGCGAGCAGCAAGACGCUGGGUGGCUCUUUGGAGCGGCGACGCCCGCCAGCAUUCGGCGUCAAUGUGCCGAGUGGCUGCAGGAGCACGGCAACUAUGUGCACAACGGGCUGCGCAUCGCCAAGUGGAUCGAGCAUGAAUGUGGCCAGCAACUGUCGGUCAAGGACUACGCGUUGCAAAUGCAGCGGUGCCGAGGCCGUGUUUGCUGGGGCGGCGCGCUCGAGAUCCUCGCCUACUCGCGGUUGCGCUCCGUGAACGUUGCGGUGUGGAUACCGACCGAUGGCAGGCCCAAGCACUUCACGCUCACCUCGCGCUUCGAGGUGACCGGUGCAUUGACUACGGUCAACUUGUGCCGGUCACAGCGCAUGCAUUACGAUGUGGUCGAGCUGGUCGGCGAGCCGGUCACGGGCGGGCAAGAGCGAGAGCGGCGGUCGGCGGCGGCCGCCAGGAAGAAGGAGGAGGAGGCGCAGAGCCAGAGGCUGCAGGUCGACGCCUUCAUGCGCAGCUGCUGUCUUGUGUAUGCGGCUCCUUAA